AUGGAAUUAUUCUUACAGGUUGGACUGAUCUAUGUUUUCAAUAUCAUCGUUGGAACUGGAGCUUUAGCGCUUCCAGCUGUCUUGGGUCGUGCAGGAUGGCUUCUAGGCUCGUUUGUAAUAUUAGUUCUGGCCCUUAUAAGUUUCAUUACCGUAACAUUUGUAAUAGAGACAAUGGCUUCGGCUAAUGCUAUUCUAACAUGGACGAAAAUUCAAGAACUUAUGAGAAUUGGUCAAGCACAAGAGCGACCGAUCGAUGGAUCAGAGACCGAGGCAAUGCAGGCUGUAGGACCCUCGACUUCUGAUUCCGAAGACACACCCCUUGUAACACCAUCCUUAAAGAAUUCGGAACGCAUCGAUGUGUCAUAUCGCUAUUACAGUAUAGAUGACAAAAUCGAAAUGGGUGAAAUGGCCUCGAUAUUCUUCAACAAAAUUGGAACAAUAAUGUUCUAUGCGUGCUUAGCUAUUUACUUAUACGGAGAUCUGAGUAUUUAUGGAACGGCUAUCGCCAAAUCUGUCGCUGAUGUCUCCUGCACCUACAUUCCACAGAAUUAUACCUGCAAUGAUAUCAUUCCAGAUAAUGAACAUUGCUGGGAGUCAAUUAAUUUGAGCAGAUUUGACGCCUACCGACUAUUUUUAACAGUAUUUAUUUUAUCACUUGGUCCAUUCGCCUUCUUUAAUGUUCAAAAGACAUUAUAUUUGCAAAUAUUAACUACGAUGAUGAGAUGGUUGGCAUUUAUGAUAAUGAUUCUUUAUACGAUACAGAAAUUAAUAAUCGAUGGUGCACAAGGAAAACCGUCCAAAGCAGAUUCGGCCGGAUUGCCUGGGCUGUUUGGUGUAUGCGUUUAUUCUUUUAUGUGCCAUCAUUCUCUACCAGCGUUGCUCACUCCAAUCUCAAACAAAUCUAUGCUUAACAGAUCAGUAGGCUUCGAUUUUUUAUUAAUUUCCUUCUUCUAUCUUUUGCUAGCGCUCACAGGAAUUUUUGCCUUUGAGCAUUUAGAUGACCUUUACACAUUAGACUUUGGACCUAGGAAUUGCUCGACUAGCAGCAAUAUCUUCAUAGUCAUUAUAGAAUACUUUCUCGCUCUUUUUCCCGUAUUCACGCUCAGUACCAGUUUUCCCAUUAUUGCUAUAACUCUUCGGAAUAAUUUGCAGUACCUAUUUUUUCGUGAUAAUGAGAGUUACAAUUUUUGCCUGUCCAAGUUAAUCUUUCCAAUACUGGCUGUAUUGCCUCCGUAUUUGAUAGCCAUGAGUACAAAAAAUUUGACGGUACUGGUAAGCAUUACUGGUUCGUACGCGGGUGCUGGGAUCCAAUAUUUGAUACCCACCUUUUUGGUUUACAAUGCAAGAAAACAGACCGCUCAAGUUUUCACGCAAGAAGUAACGAAUAAGUUUGCCAGUCCAUUCGCAAGUCAUUACUGGUUGAUAUUUAUUUUCCUCUGGUCGAUCGUUUGCGUAUCUCUCGUAUCGAUUAACUUAAUCGAUAAGCAUUUGUCGUCUAGCUUUUACUAAUAGUAAUGUCAAUGAAUGCCGAUAAGAAAUGUAAGAAGAUCGUCGUUCGAUUAUUAGAUGGUGCAUUUUGAUUUUUACGAAUGAACUAUAAUAAUUUUAU